AUGUCUGAUGGCGAAUACUACUUUGACGGCUACUUGAUAGACGUAGUCGACGAAGAUUGGCGGAGUGACGUUUUGCCCCACGAAAAUAUCUUGAUUAAACCGAAUCAACUUCCGGAAUCUGAUUCUGACCCUGAGGCAUUCGUUAAUCAACGAAGAUUUGGCUCCGUUCCCUCCGGUGAUUGGCCCAACGAACGCUGGAACGAACUUGAUCUUCACGGCCUAAUCUUUAGAAGCUAUCUUGCGGAAUACCCUCACCCUCCGCUUCCCCCGUUACCUCCUGCACGCCCUCGAUAUCUCCACUAA